AUGUUACGCAGAGCUGAUCGUUUAGUUGGUCAAGUAUUAGGAUCUGUUGGUAAACUUCCACAAAUUUACACAGAACUUGAAAUUAAUUAUUUCUUGUUAAGAAGGUUAUUAGGUGUUAAAACUGACGAUAAAAAACAGACAAAAGUUAGUAAAUUAACAAAAAGUGAGGUAUUGAUGGUUAAUAUAGGUUCAACUUCAACAGGUGGACGUGUGUUGAAUGUAAAAACUGAUAUGGCAAGAAUUCAGUUGACAAGUCCGGCUU